GCAUCCCCCCUCCACCAUGUUCCACCAUACCACUCUCCACGGCCCACACAGAUUCGCCUCCAUCGGCCACAAGGCCCAGUCGGCACAUACCUUCAAGGCGUUUUACGCUACUGUACGAGGCCUCCGCCAGCUACCAGAGCACGAUGAUCAUGAGUUGCCAAACAAUGACUUCAUUCUGUCCAUCCUACGUGCCAACCCAUCGGCGAGAGACGCCAAAUCAUAUCUGGCCUCCUUUGGUCCUCGCCCCCAACGCACUCCUUCACUAGCCUUCCCUCCUGCUCUUCCCCAAGCACACCCCCCGGCUCAAGAUGAUCUGAAGACUUCAGCAGUGGUCGAGGAGCCCAGACCCAGCCCUCUCAUCGCGUCUAUCCUCAACCCCGUGUACCGCCGCACGGCACUUGUAAAAGUACAGGGCCCCUUCACAGAACGACAGCUGGAGAGUAUCACCCGAGGCAUGGUGUACCUUGAAAAGCUCGGCCUCGUGAGCGUGAUCGUCGUAGAGCACGACGACAUCCUAAAAGGCGACGACGGCGAGCGCGACGCCAUCAUGCAGCAAACGAUGCGCGUCGUCGAGUCUCUCGAAAAACAUGGCGCCAAAGCGCGUCCCAUGCUUAGCGCCGUGGUCCGAUUAGGACCGAAACCUGAAGAUGAUGCCGGACGUGGACCGCAGCACAAUAUCCCCGAAGCGCAUGCAUACCCAUCGGACCUCACCCCUAUCCGCUCAGCGCUGCGCUCUGGAGAGAUACCGGUGCUGUCCCCGAUGGCCCUUGAUUCAUUUUGUCGCUCGGUCCGAGUCGACGCGAAUGACGUGGUCGCCGCCCUGGCCCGAGGCAUGGUCGAAGCUGCGGCGCUCGACGGGCACAAUAAGCGCAGCGCGGACGGCCAAGUGGAGUUCUCGGACGAUGUUGAUCUCACCCCGUUGCGGCUGAUGAUCAUCAACCGCGAGGGCGGUGUGCCAUCCUAUGCUCGUUCCGGAUACCCGCAUCUUCUCAUCAAUCUCGCAUCGGAAUACCAUCACAUUCAGGACACAUUUCAGGGCUCUUGGGAAUCGACGCACCCGACGGCGCUUUCGAACCUGUCGUUGGCGCGGACAUGUCUGGAGUACAUGCCCCCGACGUCCUCGGCGAUCAUGGUCAAUCACCGCGCGCCGAGCUCGCUCAUUGCGAACUUGGUCACGAACAAGCCUGCGUUCAGUUCGAGCUUGCCCCACGCCCUGUUACAGGGAAACCGGAGCCUGACCCCUCACACCCCUACCCUCCUCCGCCGAGGGCUGGACAUCUCUGUGAUUAAGAACGUGGCCGACAUCGACAAGGCGAAACUCACCGCGCUCCUCGAGCAGUCUUUCAACCGGAUCCUGGAUGCGGACGCGUUCUAUAAACGCCUUGAGAAGCACCUCGAUUUCGUCAUCGUAGCCGGCGACUAUGCAGGCGCGGCUAUCGUCACCACCGAGCCGUGCCCCAACGCGCCCAACUUCUCGCCCAUCGCCUACCUUGACAAAUUCGCCGUGCUUCCGAGCCACCAGGGAGACGGUACGGUCGACUUCCUCUGGGUCGCCCUGCACGACGAGACGUACGGUCUUGGCCUCCCCAACUCCGUCAACCCGAACGGAGGGAAGGAGGGCCGGGGCGAGGGCCAGGACCUCGUGUGGCGCAGUCGUGCGAACAACCCCGUGAACAAGUGGUACUUCGAGCGCAGCUCGGGUCACAUUCGCAUGGGCGACUGGGUGCUUUUCUGGUGCGACGCGGAGAAGCGGCUGAAGACGGUGGAAGGCCGUCGAGCUUCGGCUGGGUUGUCAUAUAUUGAGGAGUGGGAGCAGGGCAGGCUGUCCUCGUGGGCCGAUGUGGUCCCCAAGAUACCUUCGAGCUGGAAGUAAUGACCUAGACGCCACGACAUUGUGAAGGGAUUGGCGUUGACCGCACGUUCCUCUUGUGAUCAAACCGAGACGAUGAUUUGUAGACUUAUGUAUCUUACUAGGGCCUUAGGAUAUGUAUCAUGGAUCAAGUAAGUAGUAUAUUGCAGCAAUCAUACAUAAUCGAAGACGUAGCAGGCCUC